GAAUAGUUUGAUUUCUCAAAGUUAUCUGACAGACCAAGGCCUCUGAAUAUGGACAGGCAGAGUUCUUGUGACAGCAGUUUUCUUAGUGAAUUAUCUGGUGGGUCGCUCCCACCUAUUUCUCUCAGAAAUGUUGAUAACUCUUCCCACAGAGUUGAGCACCAGGAGCAUUUAUCUUCACCUGGUAGACAAUCAGGUCUUAAUACUCCAAGGCCACAAACAGUAUCUGAGCCAAAUCUAUUGGUUGCUGAAGCUAGGGAAGCAUUGAACCGGUCCUUGGUGUAUUUCCGUGGUAAACCAGUUGGGACAAUUGCAGCAUUAGAAAAUGCUGAGGAAAAACUGAAUUAUGAUCAGGUGUUUGUAAGAGACUUUGUUCCCAGUGCAUUGGCUUUCUUGAUGGAUGGGCGACCUGAGAUAGUAAAAAACUUUAUUUUGAAGAUCCUUCGCCUUCAGUCGUGGGAGAAAAAGAUUGAUAGAUUUCAGUUAGGGGAAGGAGUAAUGCCAGCUAGUUUCAAGGUGCGCCAUGACCCGGUUAGGAAACAUGAGACUUUAGUGGCAGAUUUUGGUGAGACUGCAAUAGGAAGAGUUGCUCCUGUUGAUUCUGGAUUUUGGUGGAUAAUUUUGCUACGGGCAUAUACAAAGUGUACUGGAGACACUUCAUUGGCUGAACUGCCUGAAUGCCAGAAGGGUAUGCGCCUGAUUCUGAGUCUAUGUCUCUCAGAGGGGUUUGAGACAUUCCCUACUCUUCUCUGUGCUGAUGGGUGCUGCAUGAUUGAUCGUAGAAUGGUGAGUUUCUCAUGGUAUAUUUCCCAUUGUUUUACCCCUGCAGCAUUCUGUACUUCAUUAGCUGAAACCUUGGUCCAUUAUCUAUAAAAUGCAUUUUUGGUGUUAGAAUUACAAAAUACAUCAAGUAAAUUUGCAAUUAACACAUUUCAUAACACUUCAUCUUACUUGGUAAAUGACAGGUGUGUGUGAUAUAAAUGUGCAUGACUUGU